GGCCCGACCCUUGAGGAGGGAAAGCUGCUGCAGCCGCUCCUCUCCACCUGGACCCGAGACUCCCGGUGCUGGCGUGGCAGGGGUGCGCCCGCCCGGAAUGGACAGCUGGGACCCGCGCAACCGAGCCGGGGCAGCCACGUGGCGGCGGGGCGGGGACCGGGCGGGCCCGGCGCUGGAAGCCGGCUGUCCCGGGAGCAGAGGGGUCUCCCCGCCCAGACCGCCAGGAUCCCCGUUUGCUGGAGAAUGACCCAGAUGCCCCAGGUGCAGGAGCUCUUCCAUGAGGCAGCCCAGCAGGAGGCCCUGGCCCAGCCUCAGCCCUGGUGGAAGAGCCAGCUGUUCGUGUGGGAGCCCGUGCUGUUUGGGACCUGGGAUGGUGUGUUCACAUCCUGCAUGAUCAACAUCUUUGGAGUUGUGCUCUUCCUGAGGACUGGCUGGCUGGUGGGAAACACGGGAGUGCUCCUGGGCAUGUUUCUGGUGUCCUUCGUCGUCCUGGUGGCCCUCAUCACGGUGCUGUCUGGCAUUGGUGUCGGGGAGCACAGCAGCAUCGGCAGCGGUGGCGUCUACUCUAUGAUCUCCUCGGUCCUGGGCGGGCAGAUGGGAGGCACCAUCGGGCUGCUCUAUGUGUUUGGACAGUGUGUUGCAGGUGCCAUGUACAUCACCGGCUUUGCUGAAUCUAUCUCGGAUUUGCUGGGCCUCAGGAAUAUCUGGGCUGUGCGAGGAAUUUCAGUUGCGGUGCUUCUGGCCUUGCUGGGCAUUAACCUAGCAGGUGUCAAAUGGAUAAUCCGCCUCCAGCUGCUGUUGCUGUUCCUGCUGGCUGUGUCAACUCUGGACUUUGUGGUGGGUUCUUUCACCCACCUGGACCCAGAAAAUGGUUUUAUUGGAUAUUCACCCGAACUGCUACAGAACAACUUGCUGCCUGAUUACAGCCCCGGGGAGUCUUUUUUCACUGUCUUUGGGGUUUUCUUCCCAGCGGCUACAGGAGUCAUGGCCGGCUUCAACAUGGGGGGCGACCUCAGGGAGCCUGCCGCCAGCAUUCCCCUGGGCUCCCUGGCAGCUGUUGGCAUCUCGUGGUUUCUGUACAUCGUCUUCGUCUUCCUCCUGGGCGCCAUCUGCACUCGAGAGGCCCUUCGCUAUGACUUCCUGAUAGCCGAAAAGGUAUCCCUCGUGGGCUUCCUGUUCCUUUUGGGCUUAUACAUCUCGUCCCUGGCUUCCUGUAUGGGAGGACUUUAUGGAGCUCCCCGCAUCCUGCAAUGCAUUGCUCAGGAGAAAGUGAUCCCCGCACUUGCCUGUCUGGGACAAGGGAAGGGGCCAAACAAAACACCUGUGGCUGCCAUCUGCCUGACCAGCUUGGUGACCAUGGCCUUUGUCCUUGUGGGUCAGGUGAACAUUCUGGCCCCCAUCGUCACCAUCAAUUUCAUGCUGACGUAUGUUGCAGUGGACUACUCUUACUUCUCCCUGUCCAUGAGUUCCUGUAGCCUGCCCCCAGUGCCUGAGCCAGUGCUCAGGGAGGGCCCGGAAGGCCUCCAUUGCUCUGAGCACCUGCUCUUAGAGAAAGCUCCCAACUAUGGCUCUGAGAGACCUGCCCAAAGUGUCUGGGAGGGCACGCUGCUGGAAUUCACCAAGGACAUGGAUCAGCUCCUCCAGCUAACCAGGAAGCUUGAGAGUAGCCAGCCCAGGCAAGGAGAGAGUAACAGGACCCCAGAGAAUCAGAAGAGGAAAAGCAAGAAGGCGACCAAGCAGACCCUCCAAGAUAGCUUCCUCUUGGACCUCAAAUCCACUCCUUCUUUCCCUGCUGAGAUCUCUGAUGGAUUGUCCACUGCCUCCUGGGAGGGACAGGAGUCCUGCUGGAACAAGCAGACUUCCAGGAGUGAAGCGACUUGGCCUGGGGGAACAUAUGAAGAGCAACUUGUGUCUGAGCUGUGCAACCAAUCUGAGCCCAGUGGAGAAGAUUUCUUCCUGAAGUCCAGGCUCCAAGAACAAGAUGUCUGGAGAAGACCAACUUCUUUCUAUAGCCACAUGUGCAACCCCUGGGUCUCCUUGUUGGGGGCUGUUGGGUCCCUUCUCAUCAUGUUUGUGAUACAGUGGGUGUAUACCCUGGUUAACAUGGGUGUUGCUGCCAUUGUGUAUUUCUACAUUGGCCGGGCCAGUCCAGGGCUUCACCUUGGAUCAGCCUCCAACUUCAGCUUUUUCCGGUGGAUGAGGUCUCUCUUGAUCCCCUCCUGCAGGAGCUUGCGGUCCCCUCGGGAGCAGAUCAUCUUGGCGCCAUCCCUGGCUAAGGUUGACAUGGAGAUGACUCAGCUCACCCAGGAGAACGCAGACUUCGCCACUCGGGAUCGCUACCACCACUCCUUCCUCAUGAGUCAGGAGCAGCUGAUGCCUCACUACUAGAUGCAGUACAGGGAGCUGUCCCAUGCACAGCGGACCCAAUCCCGGAACCUUCGUGGGGCUGCUUCUCCUCCAUGAGAAACUAAAGACCCAUCCUCUCGCUGUCAUUUUAGACAAUGGAAAUCUACAUUUUCUUAGAACAUAUGGAAGAAGGAAAAAGACAAAAAAGGAAAUCUGCAUUCUGCUCUGAGGAUCACAUUUCACCCGGGGUGACAUCAGGAAUGGUGCUGGCCUCUGCAACACCCAGUCUGAAGAGUUCUACACAGGUACCAAGCCUAGAGAGGACACCAGUACUUCUGGGUGUGGGGAACUGGAACUGAACAACAACCAGAUUGCUCGUGCAGAG